CUUGUUUAUCUACACGCGCGUCGACGUCGCGUUCAAUCGUUCGUGAAUCGUUUCAUGGCUGGCAAUGACCCCGAAUGGCAGGAAGAUGACGCUGGGGAACAAUUGGAACUACUCUUCGCGCCCAAGGGGAUCACUCAUACAUUCUACCUACAUCGUUCCAUCAGGCAGCAGGGUGCGCGUGAUGCACUAGCUGAAAAAAUUCGGGCCCAUGGCGGGGAGGUCGUCGACAGCGACGUCUUCAAGACCGAGGCCGCCGACGUCCUCCUUUUUGAUCCGAGACAUAUCAGAUAUCCUGAGAAUGUCUUCAUUGAUGCAUAUAGGACACACUCGGAUAUCAAGCUGCGUAAAAUGCAUGCAAAGAAGUCAAGCUUCAUUCCUCACUGUAUCAACCUUGGGAAAUUUGUGCUAGAUGUUCACAGGCCAAGAAGGCCUAUGCCGGGAAUUCCACCCGGCCGCAGACCUUAUCGCGUAGAAUUCACGCAAGAAGACACGGAGAACCUUGCGAGAUACUUGGCAUAUAAGGUUCCGGUUCGCUCUGCUGGAGGUCUUCUUGGCAAUGUGAUAUACAGCCAAAUGUGCGCGAAGAUACAAGUUCUACCGACGGAAUAUGAAUGGACUGCUCGCCACCCCCCAUCAUCCUGGCGUGAACAUUACAAGAGAAACAAAGUUAUUAUGAAUGAGAUGAUGGACCAGAUUGUAAGGGAAGAAGGUGUUAUUCUCAAAAACAUAUAUGAAAAAGAUCGACGUCGGAAUCGUGAACGUCCUCGUGUAGACCCGGGUCUAUUCAACAAAGAGGAGGAGGAAGAAGAGGAGGAGGAGGGGGAGGAAGAAGAAGUAAUCGCUGACUUGGCACGAAUUGGGGAGUCGGAUGCCACGCGGCCCCCGUCUGGCGCCUCCGAGAACGCCGAUGCGAGAAACGAGGAGAUAGAGCCAAGCCCUGAAGAGCAGGAACGACGGGAGGAGGUCCGAACAGUCAGCCCAUCUCUUUUCUCUGAAGAUGAGGAACCCAUGCAAGUCGAUGUAUUCGACGAUCCUGGGCCUUCGUUGAGUCGGCACAGUCCGGAGCCUGCUGAUGAUUAUGUUCCUACAUCCGCAAGCCGACCAACUACGACGCAGGCCACCCUCGUUGGUACCCAGUCAUCUCAGCUUGCUUCGACCUUGGUAAAGAGUCGGACCAUUAAAAAGCCUACGUCAUCACCCCAUCACUCCCGCCACUCUCAGGUUAUCGAGAUCGAAGACUACGACUCGGUUGACGAAGACUCGCCAGGAAUUGAAUCCCUUCACCAGGAAACGCCUUCCAAAAAUCGCAAUGUCAAAACCUCUAUGCGCGCACGAAUAGUCGUUCCAUCCACCCGACCCCGACUCCGACCAAUUGUCAAAAAGGCCAGUGUCCUCAACGACGAUCCCCCUUACCGCAAUUUGCGCUCACACUCGCGGUCUGUCGAGCCGAGGCAAGGGCAGUCCAUUGGGAAGUGGAAGAAGGCGAACACGCUUUCUGUGGAUCUUGGCCCUGUUUUGGAAGAGGAAGUCAGCGGAGCAAGCCCUUUCGAUGAACACGAAAUCCCGGAUGUGAUACCUGCUGAGGCGCGUCCUAUUUCUGCAUCUGGAUCCGAGCUCGUGGUGGGGGCUGUGCUGGAGUCAGAGUCAGAGUGGGAACCAGAUCCUGUGACAGGGCUACAGUCAGACCUCGAACCAAAGUCUGAGCCAGAGUCUGAUGUGGACCUGAACUUACAAUCGCAGCUGCUUAAACGGAGAAGGACAACGUUUGACACGGAUGAUGAACAGACAGCGAGGGACCUUGGUUUUUUGGGGAGUGCAAAGGUCCCUAGGUCCAUGGCGUUGACGCCUAUUGGGCAGACUGUCCGAACUUCUAUUCGGCGGGGGUGGUCCACGUCGAGUGAGGAGCCAUUUCCGGUGCCUAACACCAAAGCGAGUGCGAGGAAGGAACGCCUUAUCGAGGAAGCGAAGCGGAUGCCCUACAUUCCUCCUUCGGGGACAAGGGCUGCUAGGAGACUUGGCGUACCGUAGCCAGUAGUUUAUUUAUGACCGUCACUUUGUCGUGUACCACAACGUACUAUGUCUUUAUCUGUACCAAUAAGAACCUCCAAAUC